AUGGGCAAGGGCUUCCUCUGCUCCAACGGCACCUUGGGACAGGAACUCGGCGACCUCAUCGUGCAGUCAUGCCGCAAGCGCAGUCUCAACGUGCGCGUUGAUGCCAUCGUCAAUGACAGCUCCGCCACUCUCCUUUCCCACGCCUACAUCGACCCCAAGACUCGCAUGUCCUUGAUCCUGGGCACCGGAACCAACGUGGCGAUCCACUUUCCCGUGCAUGAGAUUGGCCUGACCAAGUUCGGCACCAGACCCCCCGGUUGGUUUGACUAUGCCAAGCAUGUCAUUGUCAACAGCGAGAUGAGCAUGUUUGGUGGGGGCGUCUUGCCCAUGACCCGGUGGGACGAGGUCCUCAACAGCACCCAUCUCCGCCCCAACUACCAGCCCUUGGAAUACAUGAUCACGGGCCGGUACCUGGGGGAGAUCGUCCGCCUGAUCAUCGUGGAAGCCGUCGAAACCGCGCAGCUGUUUGGCGGCGACCUGCCGCACUCCAUGCGGGACGCCUACUCCUUCGACACCAGUCUCGUCGCGGCCAUUGAGGGGGACGCGUCGCCGUCGCUGACCUCCUCCGCCGCCCUGCUGCAGAAAGAGCACACGUUCGCGACGGGCCCGUCGGCCGAAGACAUGCGGUUCCUCCGACGGGUGUGCGAAACGGUCUCGAAACGGUCCGCCGGCUACCUGGCGACGGCGAUCCACAGCAUGUGGUGCUUGCGCAAUGAGGUGGAAGCCCCACGGACGGCCGCGGCCUCGAUCAAGGAGGAUCAGAAUGUCACCGUGGUCGAGAGCGAACCGCAGGACCAGAGCCUGUCCAUCGCGUGCGAUGGCAGUGUCAUCAACAAGUAUCCAGGAUUCCGGGAUCGGUGUCAACGCUAUCUCAAUACGCUGACGCAGGACACCAACGCAUCGAAGAACCUCUUGGACGCUUCGGCCUCUCCGUCCAUUCGCCUUGAGCUCGCCCCCGAGAGCGCGAUUCUCGGAGCUGCCGUGGCUGUGGCUGUCGCGGUGGCGGAACGCACACGGUAG